AUCAUAAAAUACAGAAAGUGAGAAAAAUAUUGAGUAUGCAUGAUAUCUUAGUUUUUAUUGAAUUUACGGAAAAAACAAAACUUUUAAGCAUUACUUCUUCAAAAUGUGGUUAUAUUAUUGAACAACUAACGUCUGUGAGAAAUUUGAAGAAUUAGAAAUGUCACAUAUAAAGUUGAUAAAGAAAAAAUCUUACAUCUGUAGACGGACUCCAAUUGUUGUUACUGCCAAAUAAGUCCUUCACUUUAGAACUUGAUGAGCCAAGAAUGGCUUCGUCUACAAGAAAAUCCUGGAAACUCCAGGAAUUUGUUGCACACUCGUCCAUGGUUAAUUGUCUCUCAUUGGGACACAAGUCUGGACGUGUUAUGGUUACUGGUGGUGAUGAUAAAAAAGUAAAUUUAUGGGCAGUGGGAAAACAAAAUUGUAUUAUGAGCUUAAGUGGACACACAACACCAGUAGAAUGUGUAAGAUUUGGUCAAACUGAAGAUUUAGUAUGUGCUGGCUCACAAACUGGUGCAUUAAAAAUUUGGGAUUUGGAGCACGCUAAACUAUCACGGACACUAACUGGACAUAAGUCAGGUAUUCGUUGUAUUGAUUUUCAUCCAUAUGGCGAAUUGGUCACAUCAGGAAGUACAGAUACUGCUAUCAAAUUAUGGGAUAUUAGAAGAAAAGGCUGUAUAUUUACGUAUAAAGGACACAAUCGAACUGUAAAUAGUUUAAAAUUUAGUCCCGAUGGACAAUGGAUCGCAAGCGCCGGUGAAGAAGGAAUGGUGAAGUUAUGGGAUUUAAGGGCAGGUCGGCAAUUGAAAGAAUUUUCAGGACAUAAAGGUUCAGCAACGACCGUUGAAUUUCAUCCUCAUGAAUUUCUACUAGCGAGUGGAAGUGUCGAUAGAAUUGUUCAUUUUUGGGAUUUAGAGUCAUUUCAACUUGUAUCGUCGAGUGAACAAAAUAAUUCUGCUAUUAGGAGUCUUUUCUUUAGUUCUGGAGGUGAAUGUCUUUAUGUUGGCAGUCAAGAUGUUCUGAAAGUUUACGCAUGGGAGCCAGCAAGAACUUUGGAUACAAUUCCAACCGGUUGGGGAAAAGUGCAUGAUAUCGCAAUCGCACAAAAUCAAUUGAUUGGCGCAAGUUGUCAUAUGUCGAGUGUCGUUCUCUAUGUUUGUGAUAUAAAAAAACCAGCCCCAGGCGGAGAUCUCUCAAGUGGAUUGUCCUUCAGUCAUGGAAAUUCUUUACGAAAAAGUUUUUCCAAAGAAAAACCUCCUGAUCUGAAAAAGCAUACAUUGAACGUGAAAACAAUUGAAGAAGUAGGAGACAAAUCUGGAACUGAUCCUGAAGAUGAAGUGACAUAUGCUGAAAUACCAAAUGUUUCUGAUUAUCAGGAUAUUUUUCAACCAAAUCGAUCACUGUCUCGCACACCGCCUCCAGAAAAAGAGUUUCUUGAUCCCCAAGAAAUUGAUCCGGCGCAACCGCAAAUUUUGAGAAAUUUGUCGAGCUCAAUGUUAGACUUAAAUAAUGAGGAAGCUGAUGAUGAGAGUAAAUCAAAGUCAUUGCCACCACCACCUUCAGUUCCCACGUUGACCAAAUCACUUCCGGUACGUGUUCAUCCAAUUAAAUCAUCACCUCCUUUACAUAGAAAUGUGAUAACUUCCACGAGUCAAAUCAAAGCUAAUCUCCAAGCGAAUAGUCUGGCUGGUAGUAGAAAUUCUAAGAAUCUUGUACCUAUUCCACCGAUGAGACAGAGUAUCACUCCAUUACCUGGAAAGAAGACAAUUCCAAGUAUUACGAAUUCAUUGCACACAAUUGGUUCGUCUCAACCUCUUGGUCCACAGAGAUCUAAUUCGACUCUUACGCCUCGAGUGGCGCCAAUGGCCGCCAUUGCACCUGUGAUUGAUGAUGCAAAAUUAAAAAGUCGUGUACCUAGUCCAGAUUCUCCAAAGCAAUACCUGAAGAGACAAAGCAGCUGUAAGGAAGGAGAACAGGGCUACGAGAGUGAUUAUCCUGUACAGAUUAACAACAUAAGACACAGUCCUUCGGAUCCUGCAUUAAAUAGGCCAAGUACAGCGCAAUCAAGAACAACGUCGAUAGGUCGAAAUUUUGUAAAUUCAUCACCAUUGUCGGCGCGAAACAUUUCAACGUCGAGAAAAACGAAUAAAGCACAAGUUGCUCCAAAUCCUAAGACAGAUACAAGAAUCGCUCAAUUAAGGCCGACGAUAAAUAAUGUCGAAAAAGAAGAAUUUGUCCCCAUGACAGCGGAUAGACCUUAUGGUUUAGAUAUGGAAACAUUUUUACCGAAUAAUUAUAAAGAAACAUCGGCAUUGGUUUAUUCGCAAGUUGGAGUUCUUGCUGAAAUGUCUGAAGCUGAAGUCUUGAGUAGUAUGAUGCGAGGGCAUGAAUCCAUGAUGGCUGUUUUAACAAAUCGACAUCGUUCGUUGCAAAUAAUUUAUUCGCUUUGGCACAAUAAAGAUCUCAAGUCUGCAAUAGACUCUGCUGUUGCAAUGAAUGAUUUGUCAGUAAUUGUAGAUCUAUUAGGAAUCCUUACAUUAAAAUCUUCAAUUUGGAAUCUGGAUCUAUGCAAUUCUUUUCUAAUUCCAAUCAAGGAUCUUCUUCAAAGUAAAUAUGAAAUGUAUGUUACUGUUGGGUGUUCUGCCUUGAGACUGAUUCUUCGAAAUUUUGCGCCAGUUAUCAAAUCAAAUGUGGAUGCACCUUUGCAUACGAUUGGUGUAGACGUGUCUCGAGAAGAGCGAUACCACAAGUGUCAUUCAUGUUACGAGAAGCUCAUGACAAUACGAAGUGUGAUAUUGAAAAAGAUUGCAUUGCCGGGAAAAUUGGGCGCCUCUUUUCGUGAGCUCGAUGAACUAAUGAAAACUCUUGAGUGACAAAAAUUACAAAUUUUGCGAUCAUGUUCCACUAAAUUAAGCCGCCAAAUUAUUUGUAUUACUCCGAGAAAUCUAAGAUGUCGGAGAUAAAAAGAGAGAAGGAAGGAAGGAAAAAAAACCACAAGUCUGCCAAGAGAUAACGAAGUAACGAAGUCAAAUCGCUGUGUUCCAUUGUGUCUGGGAAGCAUUAAAAAUUCGUUCUCUUCGUCGUCGAAUGCCAUAAAAAAAAAGAGAAACAGAAGAAAGAAACCUACGUCGGCGCUUCGCUACAAAGAACAAUCUUCAGGAAAAGAUUUGACUCGUUUAAAAAGCGAUCGUUAAACGUAUAUACGGUAAGAUAAAAAAAAAAAACGAAAAAAAUACCAUUUCUUCAUGUCUUUAUCAAAUAUUUUGCUCAGAGCAAAAUUUUAUUUGGUCUUGCCAAUUUUUAUUAAAAAAGAGAAGUAAAUUCAGUUCUAAUUAAUUAAUUUUUUAUUAUCUCGAUAGUGAUAAUAUCGUGAUAAUAAUUAACGACUAACUACAAAUUUCUCAUUGUAGCAAAUUUAACUUUUUUUUUAAUUAUUAAAAAAACCUCACAGUAGAACCUCUUGAAUCAAACUCUAGAAAUAUUACUAAAAAAAAAAAAUAUUAUUUAGUAUUAAUAAUACAGUUAAAAAAUUGUACUAAAAAAUUUUUUUAUAACCAAAAACUAAUGUUCGUUUCAAGUGGUUCUACUUAAUUAGAAUAUUGCGGCCAUAACUUAAUGUCUGUUCGGUUAAAAGUUGUCAAAUGAGUCUUGGGCGAAAAGGCAAUCUCAAUAAGGAAGAAAAACCUUUUUUAUAUACUUUUUUUUUUGUUUAAAUUAACAUAAAGCUCUCUUAUAUUUUAGUCUCGAAUUUUUAACAAUUUAAUUUAUUUGGCAAUUAUUGGAACUGAGUAAAAAAAACAUAGGUAAUUCAAAAAUUUUUAGGGAAUAAUAAUUUUAUAAUCUAGAAAAAUAUUAAAAUUUAAUAGUUUUCAAAUUUAUAUUUUAAGGGCAUUAAUUUGGAAUUAAUUUGAAAUUUUUUUUAUAAAUUUCCUUUAAUAAUUAAAAAUUAAAUUUAAAAAAAAUCAAUUGAUAACAUUUUUAAUCAAUUUUAUAAUAAUUGAAUAAUUGAAAAUUAUAGCAAAUUACAUUAAUUUCAUUUUUAUCAAUUACAUUUUAAAGUUGGACUGCUAAUUUUAAAUUUAUUGUGAAGUAAAAGAUUUUAUUGCUUCAUUAUAUUUAAGUGUAUAAAUUUUAAUGUUUCGAACAAGACAAUAUUUUUUAUCAAUAUUUAAUAUUUAUCUUUCAAAGAAAAUCGAAUUUUUCUGUAAAAGAAAAUCUGAAAUAGAAACUUCUUUUUUGAAGACACGCCUGAUCAAUUCCGAGAGCGAAUCAAAUUGAUCGUUCACGUACGAUUCACUGUCUUUGCUCAAAAUAAUAUCUUUUUCAUUUUACUCCGUAUUCGAUGAGAUUGUCCUAUAAGGCCAUCAUUUACCGAACUCUAUAUUUUUAUUUAUUUUUUUUUUUUUGCACGCAUAAAUAAAUAUUUGGGUUCGUGUAAAAAUAUCAAAUGGAUUAAUCGGAGUGCAAAAUUUUCUUUCUCAUUUUUUUUCCAGGAGUACUUACAAUUUUUAAACGUUCAAGUUUCAAUGUAUGUUAUAUAAUAGUUCGAUAUUCAAGAAAAUGUGAUUACUCCAAAUUAAAAAAAAAAGAAAUAGAUAAAAAUGAAUGAUCGAUGUGAAUGAUAAAUAAUUAAUUGAAUGCAAAUCAGAAAUGAAUUUCGUGAUAUUUGGAGGAUUGCAUUUUGUUAAAAUAUUCUUGACGUGUAUUUUUCAUUAGAGAUAAAAUUAAUUAAGGUAAUUUAUUGGCGACAAUUUUUUGUCAAAUGGGAAAUUUUAAUGAUUUUGAAGAAUUUAAAUUUUCAAUUUUAUUUUACUUUUAUGAAGGAAAUUUUACUUUUUAAUACAUUUAAGUAUUUCAUUUAAAAAAAUUUUGACAAACAAUUUUUUUUACUUUUCUUUUUAUUGAAAUUUAUUUUACUAAACUUUUUAUAGUAUAAUAUAAUAAAAAUUGAUAAAUGUGAAAAAUUAUUAUUUAUUUAAAGUGAAAAAUAAAUAAUAAAAUAAACUAAAAAUUCAUCAUAAAAAUAAAUUUAUAUUCUUGAAAAUCUUUCUAAUUCACAGAAUUAAAUUUUCUUGCAAAAAAUAUCGCAGAUGAAAUUACCUUUUAAAAGUAAAAAUCAUUAUGACAUACCUCUUUUCACCAAUGCGUGCUAAAAAUUAACAUUGUAUAAUUAAACCUCGAGAAUGAUUCCGUCCAAUAUAUUUUUAUAAAAAGAGAAAAUAAAAAAGUGUGCAUGGAGCUUUCUUCCACUUGCUAGAUACUGGCCAAUCAAUAUUUAAAUGAAACACUAAAAUAAUGAUUAAUGACUGGCGAUAAUAAUUGUAAAGGAGUUGGAGUUACUAAUAAGAAAAAAAAAAAAUGUUUUCUCCGAUUUAUCAUAUAAGUCUGAAUUUGUUAACGGAAAAGGGAGAUACCACUUUAUUAUUAUAAUAAUUAUAAUUAAUUAAUGCAAUCAUUUUUUCCGACAGAUUUUUCUGUCAAAAAAAAAUUUUUUGGUAUUAAUUUUUAAUUUUUUUUUUCUUUAUCUCGAGACUGAUCGCUAGUAAUUUUUAGAAAAUUUUUCUCAAGCUUUAUACCAAUUUUUUCGCGUAUUCCCCAAACUUUACUCCUCUUCUCCUUUGGAGUUUUGUUCUGCGCGUAUUUUUACGCCUCCCAGUGAAAAAAUCGAGAAAUUAGUUUCUUUUUUUUGAUUACAAGAUAAUUCUGCGAUAGAUAUUUAUUUGCAAACAAAUAAAAAAUAGUCUUUUUGUAAUUUAUCACAAUCGUGUUUUUGACUUCAAACACGAAUUUGGAAUAUUCUAAGAAAAUAAUUUGGAUUUAAAAUUCAAAAAAAGGAAUUUAAAAUAAAAUUCGAAAUUAUGAGGAAAUAUAUUUUAAAUUCAAAUUUGAAGUGAGACAGGAUUGUGAAAAUGAUUUUAAGCUGUAGUCGAGGAAAUUGUUUUUUUUUUUUAUUUAAAUUUGUUAUAGUUUAAAUGAAAUAAAAAAAAGAAGGUACUAAUGGGUCAUUAGCAAAGACCAAUCGAGCUUAGUGAUGAUAAACAGCCUAAUAUCUUUAACUUCCACACAUUUACUGCUUGUAUGAUACACUUGUAUAAUAGAUGAACAUUUCUGGCGAAUGUACAACUCCUUGUAGUCGACACAAUGUCAUAUCAACUUUACCUCCGAAAUGAGACGAUUUAUCGUCUAUAAUAGGAACUAAAAUUCGCUUUGUAAAAAGUAAUAAUAAUGUUAACUGUCGAUACUUUAA